AUGGCUUCCGCCCUCGAGAAGAACGAGCUCAAGGUCCAGGGCGUCGUCGAGGCUGCCCAGGACCCCGAAAGCAAUGUGUCUGCCGAUGACGCCCAGAAGAAAAUCGUCGAGGAGUCCAAAAAAGCCGGCAUUGCUGCCUUCACCUUUGACCCCGACGCCAGUCCCGAGGAGAAGCGCCGCCAAGCUGCUGCCGUUGUCCCACCAGGCUUCCACUCCCAGCGAGCCAAGGGUGUCUCCAUCGUAACAGACGUCGCUGAUUCGAGCGCCCCCGUAGCCGACCUCCCCUCCCCAACCAAGGCAGGUGUUAUUGAGCCUGCCAAAGACAAGGACGGAAAGCCCAUCAAGGCCGGCGAGGACCCUGCGGGCACCGAGGAAGAACCUUAUACGAGAACCGGAUGGUCUCCUCAGUUCGGCUGGCCCGCCGACGACGUUCAUGAGGGGGCUAGUCUGCUGGACCACUCCACCUGGCUCGAGAGCAAUCUCCCUGACAAAUUCUACGGAGACUGGUACCACAAUGCGGCAAUCAUUGGCUUCGCCUGUAUCUCGUCCUGGCUCGUGGCCGUCUUGGGCGGCGGUCUCGGCUGGGUCUUCAUCCUCAUGGCAGUCUGCUCGACCUACUACCGGACUUCCAUUCGGCGAGUCCGCCGCAACUUCCGUGACGAUAUCAACCGGGAGCUUUCCCUGAAGAAGUUGGAGACAGAAACUGAAUCUCUUGAAUGGAUCAACUCUUUCAUGCUCAAGUUCUGGCCCAUUUACCAGCCUGUUCUGGCCCAGACUAUCGUCAACUCGGUUGAUCAGGUGUUGAGCUCGGCCACGCCCGCCUUCUUGGACAGUCUGAAGCUGAAGACAUUCACUCUGGGUUCCAAGCCACCGCGCAUGGAACAUGUCAAGACGUACCCGAAAGCCGGUGACGAUACUGUCAUCAUGGAUUGGAAGUUCAGCUUCACUCCUAACGACACGGCCGACAUGACAUACAAACAGAUCAAGAACAAAAUCAACCCCAAGGUCGUUUUGGAAAUCAGAGUAGGCAAGGCCAUGAUCAGCAAGGGACUCGAUGUCAUCGUCGAAGAUAUGGCUUUCUCUGGCAUCAUGCAACUCAAGAUCAAGCUGCAAAUCCCCUUCCCUCACAUCGAAAAGGUGGAAAUGUGUUUCCUCGAAAAGCCCACGAUUGACUACGUCUGCAAGCCCCUGGGAGGCGAGACGUUCGGUUUUGAUAUCAACUUCAUUCCCGGUCUUGAGACCUUCAUCCUCGAGCAGAUCCACGGCAACUUGGCUCCCAUGAUGUACUCACCCAACGUGUUCCCCAUCGAAGUUGCCAAGAUGCUUGCCGGCACCCCGGUUGACCAGGCUAUCGGCGUCAUCGCUGUUACACUCCAUGGCGCCCAGGGGCUCAAGAACCCCGACAACUUCUCCGGCUCUCCGGACCCUUACGCAGCUUUGACUCUGAAUCGGCGCCAGCAGCUUGCCCGCACAAAGCAUAUCAAAGACACUGGAAACCCGCGCUGGAACGAAACUCACUACAUUAUCAUCACCUCUUUCAACGACUCCCUUGACAUUCAGGUUUUCGACUACAAUGACUUCAGGAAGCACAAGGAGCUGGGUGUGGCGUCAUUCUCCUUGGACCAGGUUGAGGAACUGGCCGUCCAUGAAAACGAAGUCUUGGAGGUCAUUGCUGACGGCAAGGCCCGCGGCCAGCUAUCGUGCGAUAUCAGGUUCUUCCCAGUCAUGGAGCCCAAGAAAUUGGACGACGGCACCUUGGAACCGCCCCCAGAAUCCAACACGGGUAUUCUUAGAUUUACCGUGGAACAGGCCAAGGAUCUCGAUGGUACCAAGAGUCUCGUGGGGCUUCUUAACCCUUAUGCGACGCUCCACCUCAAUGGCCGGGACGUCCAUCACACAAAGAAGCUCAAGCGAACCAACAAUCCCAUCUGGGACAAUGGAUCCAAGGAGAUGCUCAUUACCGACAAGAAGAACGCCAAGCUCGGAGUCACGAUCAAGGAUGAGCGCGAUCUCGCCGGUGACCAGGUCAUUGGAAAGUACCAGAUCAAGCUUGAGGACUUGCUUGACUGCAUGGGAAAGAGCCAGGAAUGGUUUCAGUUGGCCGGUGUCGCAACUGGUCGUGUCAAGAUGAUGGCCCAGUGGAAGCCGGUCGCUCUCUCCGGUGUCGUGGCCGGUACUGGCGGCUACAUUACUCCUAUUGGUGUCAUGCGUUUCCACUUCAAGAAUGCACGCGACCUACGCAACUUUGAGACCCUGGGCAAAUCUGACCCUUAUGUAAGAGUGCUUCUCUCGGGCAUCGAGAAAGCGCGCACAGUCACUCACAAGAAUACUCUGGACCCAGACUUUGACGAGGUCCUCUAUGUCCCAGUUCAUUCUGCGAGAGAAAGACUGUCACUUGAGGUCAUGGACUCGGAGAAGAUGGGCAAGGAUCGCAGUCUCGGUCUGGUCGAAGUUUUCGCUGGCGACUACAUUUCACAGGCCGAAAAUGGCGAGUACAACGUCCAUGACACGAAGAAAGUUUUCCAAGGUGGCUUGCAGCUUCACGGCAAGGGCAUUGCAAAGGGUGUCUUGACCUACACAGUUUCAUUCUUUCCCUGCCUAAACGUUGCCGAUCCCGAGGAAGAGGAAGAGCAGGAGCAGGCAGCAGCGGCCGAUAAGGCCAAGGCGAUCGAGGAUGCCCCUAGAUCUUCAGAGGCCGGCAAGUUCAGCAGCGCCGUCGAACCGAAAAAGGAUGGAGCCGAACUGGAAAUCAGCCCGCCCAAGACCCCAGUCACCCCCGUCUCGCCUUCAUUUCCAAGGAAAUCCAAGGACGAGAGUGGUCCGCCGAAGAUUCGUCUUUCCCCUCAGGAGCUUUUGAAGUACGAGUCAGGUCUCCUGAUUUUCAAGCUCAUGGAAGCAGAGAUGCCAGAGGGCAACACGCAUUUAGAGAUCUGGGUCGACGACAUGGCCUUUCCCUCGUACACCUCAUCGACAGCCAAGCACAAGAAGCACACAUUUGAGGAAAUCGGCGACUGCUUCAUCCGAGAACUGGACUUUUCUCGCCUGACGCUCAAGGUCCGAGAGAAGGGCGACAAGGUUGAAGGGAAUGAGAAGGACAAGGACCACACUAUGGCGAAGCUGCAGGGGAACACUCUGGACACGCUAAAGCAGUGUCUGAACAACCCCACUACGCUUAAGCUGAAGGGCAAGGACAACCGGCCAGCAAGUGUCAAGGUCAGCCUCAAGUACAUUCCCGUCAAGAUGCAGUUGGACCCCAGCGAGAGUAUCAACAACAUGGGAACUCUCCGUGUCGAUGUCUUGGACGCCCAGGACCUUCCUUCGGCAGACUCGAACGGCAAGAGUGACCCGUACUGCAAGUUCGAACUCAAUGGCGAAGACGUCUACAAGACCAAGGUCCAGAAGAAGACUUUGCAUCCUGCCUGGAACGAGUUCUUUGAAGUCCCAGUACCUUCAAGAACCGCUGCCAAGUUCAAGGUCACCGUCUGGGAUUACGACUUUGCAGACAAGCCUGACUUCCUGGGAGCCGCCGAUAUCAACCUCGAGCAGCUGGAUCCCUUCAGGCCCAGCGAGAGCCGUCUGCUUUUGGACGGCAAGUCGGGCUCGGUGAGAUUGAGAAUGCUCUUCCGGCCGUCUUACGUUACCCGAACUCGGCAAGGCACGUCAACGUUUUCCGGCACUUUCGCGGCGCCAGGAAGAAUUGUCACCGGCAUUGCGGGUGCGCCUAUCAAAGUUGGAAGCACAGUUGGCCACGGUGUGGGCAGGGGCGCCUCGUUCCUCAAGCGCGGUCUGUUCUCGAAAAAGGACGACGACUUGAACGAUGCAUCGUCAAGUUUCACUGAGAUUCCGACCAUUGUCGAGAAUGGAAGCAGUCCCCCUGCCCCUACUCCCGGCCUUGGCCUCAAGCGAGCAACCGGUUUCUCUGUUUCCGACAGUAGUGAAUCUCCCGACACACGUCCAGGAACCUCCAAUGGCUCAACCUUGGGACACAGUCGCACAAAAAGCAACGGCGCCGCCUCCAUCCAUAGCGUGACCCCGGGGUCACCGGGCUCUGGAACCGCUACUUUCACCGUUGUGUCUGCUACGGGCUUCCCUCCGUCAACUGAUCUGUACAUUACCAUCAACCAGCUCGCGCCCAAGCAAAAGGUAAUUGGCAAGACGAAGCACCACAAAGACGCCACUGGCUUCUUCCGUUACAACGAGUCCUUCAAGUGCACAUGCACUGCCGAUACUCAAUUCAAGAUCGAAGCAAAGGGCGAGCACACCCUUAGGAGUGAUGAUGAUCUAGGCGAGGCCCUUUACUUUGUCGACGAUUCUGGGGCGGGAGGCGAGAAGGAGAUCAAGGUUGGAGGCGGCACGGUUGUCAUGAAGAGCACUUUCACUCCGUCGGCCAGCUUAGAGCCAGACAGUCCGAAGCCGCUGGUUCGUCGUAGCUUCAUGGGCAAAAGGGACAGUCGCAGCAGAGAAGGAACCCCGAACUAA